GUAUGGACACUAGUUUAUCCAGUUUUCAAGAGAGAAGAGAUGGGCCCAUCAGUGAAGGUGCAGCACCUCCUGCCCCUUGCUGCUGUCGUCCUCCUGUACAUUGUUCCCACUGAAACUAAAGUGGUGACAUCAAUAACAGAAUGCCCUGACUUUUUUCUUGACAAAACUCCACCAAACAUUGCAGGAAUUCUGGAAAAAGGGGAAAUCCAGGACCAGAACAGAUACAAACCAAUUUGCCAGACUUUUAAUGACAAAAGAACAUUUAUGACGCUCUACGACACAUUGAACAAGAUUCCACUUUUUUCUGCUGCCAAGUACAGAGGAGGAGGUGAAGGAAGGAGACCUAAACCCAAUUGGAAGAUUGAACCACAGCUUGAACAAUCAGGACACAAUGACAAUAUGAAAAUCCAAGAAAAGCCCAAAAGGGCAAAUGAGAAGAAAAACAAGAACGAGAACAUCAUCUGCAACAACCAGGCUGGCGACCAAGACUACAGAAACAACCCAGAUUUUGACAGAGGACAUUUAUUUCCAAGCUCUUAUGGAUCUGAUCAGAUUGAAAAAAUGUCGACUUUUACUCUGACUAACAUUGUUCCACAACAAAGCGAUUUCAACACAGGAAGCUGGAACAGAAUGGAAAACUGUGUCAAAUGUGUUUUGAAUGAAUACUGCAUUAACAACAAUGACAAAAUAGAAGGCUUUGUAGUAAUAGGAGCACUGCCCAGCAACAGUAAUCUCAACAACAAGAUCAAUAUUCCUUCAGUGCUCUGGUCAGCAUUCUGCUGCUUCAGUAAAAGUCAGAACAGCUGGCUGUACUCUAUCUGUCCCUUCCACCUCAUCUGGCCUUUUCACAUCUACAUCUGCUCUUCUUACAACAACAUCUGCCCCACCUUCUACCACAUCUGUCUCCUUAACUACCACUUCUGUCCUUUUCACAUCUACUUCUGCUCCUCUUACUACAACAUCUGCCCCACCUUCUACCACAUCUGGCCCCUUCACUGCCACAUCUAG